AUGACAAAAUUUCACGUCACAGUUGUUGGCUCGCUCAACGUUGAUCUAUCCAUAUUUACAAGCAUUAUUCCAAAGUUAGGAGAAACAGUGACUGGUUCGAGUUUUCUUCUUGGCUAUGGAGGUAAAGGAGCGAAUCAGUGUGUGGCUUCCAGAGUACUUGGAUGUAACACUGCAAUGAUAGGGAAAGUUGGCGACGACUACUUUGGUGAGAUGUUUAUUCAGCACUUACAGCAACUUGGAGUAAACACUGAUGGUAUAACAAGAUCAUCAAUAAAUAGCACUGGAGUUGCGUCGAUUACGGUUGAAGCAAGAACUGGUGAAAAUCAAAUUGUUAUCGUCCCAGGUGCAAAUAUGCUUGUAUCAGAAAAUGACAUUUCGCUUGCAGAGGAACUAACGCUCUUCAAUACAAAAAUAAUAGUUUGCCAGUUUGAAAUCAAUACACCAGCAACGCUCCAUAGUUUGAGGCUUGGUCGUGCUAAAGGUAUAAAGACAAUUUUGAAUCCUGCACCUGCGCCAGUAUCUUCUGGGAAUUCCGGGAAGUUGAGGGAUUACGAAUUAUUGGAAGAUAUUUUAUCAAACUGUGAUUUUGUAUGUCCAAAUGAGUCCGAAUUUUGCUCCAUAACUCGUUCGGACCCUGAAUCACUGUUUUUGAAAGAUGAAACGGAUUCACUGAAUAUAGAUGCUUUUAUUCCUGGUCUUACCUAUUUACUUGAAAAGAAGACCAAAUGCCCCAUAGUAACUUUAGGGAGUAAGGGAGUUAUUGCAAUUUUAUCUGAACAAAAUUUGGACAAAAUAUACGCUGAAGACACAAAAGAAGUGGCUCGUAUUAUUUUUGAAAAUCAAGAGAAGUUAGUAGUACACUUCUCAGCUCCCAGUAAAAUUGAUGUAAUUGAUACAACAGGAGCCGGAGACUGUUUUGUGGGUUCAUUGGCUUACUUCGUAGCAUGUCAUGAGGACAUUACUCUAGCUGAACAAAUAAGACGGUCUGUUUGGGUCGCCAGUCAAUCAGUUCGUAAGAAAGGCACACAAUCUAGCUACCCAAAGCGUGAUGAACUUCCUGAUACACUUUUUGGAUCAGGUAUAUUUCAGUGGCUAUAA